UCUCAAAGAUAUAUAAACAAAAGGUAAGCAGGAAUCACAUAACACCCAACCAUCUACAGUGAUGGUGGGUCUAAAGUUUACAGUCUCCCUCAGCUCCUCCAUAGUCACUGUGGUUCUGGUGGUGUUGGUCAUUGCACUGACGGUGCAGACUGAGGUGUCCAAGGCUCAGAGCACCUGCUCGACUUCGCUAGGCAACCUCAACCAAUGUGCCCCUUCUGUGGUGCCCGGUGACCGUAAUACAACUCCUUGCGGUGACUGCUGUGAUGCUUUUGCGGCCGUGUCCUAUGAUUGCAUCUGCACCACCCUGAGUAUCGUUGCUCAUCUCCCUUCUCUGUGCAACCUCCCACCUGUCAACUGCCCCAAUUUCCCCAACUUGAUAUAAUGUGAGUGAGGGGGUCAAGGUGAUGAGGAAAUACCGUGGAAGUUUUAUUACUAUAUAUCGUCAUCUUGUACUUUUCCUCUUGUUUUUUACACUUUCUUAUGUAAUUCCGACCUGCAACCCAAGCGAUCUGAUGUAUUACAUCACAUGAAGGAAUAAAGAUAUAUAUAUAUC